AAGCUGUUUACUCGGCUAACAUUUCGACAUUUUCGUCUUCAUCAGAGUCGAUGAUCCGAAUCAAGUACAACAACGCAACAAUUUAAACAUAUAUUCAGAGUUGUUUUCUAUUUUUUUUCAGAGUGUGGACAUGUUCGUUGCACAGUGGUCCGGUCAGAUGUUGGCACAUUCCUUAGGACAUUUACUUGGCCUCGAGCACGAUACGCCUUCCUGUCAAUGUGACACAGAUACAGUGAACCAGCAGUGUAUCAUGAACGAUAAACCAGGGUUAGGAAAAUCCGGUGUCGCAUUUGCUUGGCAAUUUUCGAAAUGUUCAAUUGCUCGAAUGCACGGUGUGUGGCAAUCCGGAAAUGUUCACUGCUUAUUGAAUAAACCGUUUCAACCUUCUCAACUUCGCGAAUGUGGAAAUGGUGUUGUGGACGGUUCAGAAGAAUGUGAUUGUGGAACACGUGAGACUUGCACUGAUCCGUGCUGUGAUCCGCUUACAUGCACGCUACGAGCUCAUGCUCAGUGUGCAGGUCAUCAUCAAUGUUGUUACAGAUGCGAGUUACGAAAAGCCGGUGAAGUGUGUCGAGGUGCUCAUUCGCCAUGUGACGUCGCUGAAGUUUGCGAUGGAAAGUCGGGAAACUGUCCUGCAGAUGGACACUUGGUCGACGGCACAGCCUGCGGUCGAGGCGGGCAAUGCUGGCGAGGCAAUUGCAGCGAUCUUUAUCAUCAGUGCCAGGAAAUCUGGGGAAGAGGUGCCCGAGUCGCGGAUGAAGAAUGUUUCAAGCAGAAUACUCGUGGUCACGAGUACGCAAAUUGUGGUUUGAGUGAUAGUAGUGGGGCUUAUCGCUCUUGUCAACCUGAGCACAUUAGAUGUGGGACGCUACAUUGCCAAGACGGCUCGAUUACACCAUCGAAGUCUUCUGUGAGAGCCUUUACUUUCCAAUUUCAACAGGAUGAGAAGCAGGUGCAGUGUAAGUCGAUCGCGGAUGACAGUGUAGGUCUUGUGCAGGACGGAUCUACUUGUGGGUCUGGUCGAGUUUGUGUCGCUGGUUCAUGCGUUGAAAUGUCCUCUGUCUCAACACCAGUCAACUGUCCUUCAAACAAUCAUGCCUUGCAAUGUUCAGGUCAUGGCGACUGUACCACUACUUCUGUCUGCGUCUGCUUCGCUGGUUGGAUAGGCGUAGCGUGUGAUACCCGAUCAAACACCACUUUGUCAAAAAACCAUGGUCUCUCUCGUAAUAUUGUCAUUGUGCCAUCAAUAGCCGAAGGGAAAACUCUUGACACUGCCACACUCCUAGGUAUUUUGCUAAUUGUUGGUGUUAUUCUGCUUCUUUUGCUUGUCUGUCUUCUCUUUUGCUAUCGCCGUCGAUCAGUUGUCGAGAUUCCCACGUCAUCUGAUGAAAAGUUGGAUGAAAGUCUCCCAAAUCAGACUCAACGUUCAAUUAAGUUCGGCAGUAUGCCUAGUUGGAGAGAUGAGAAGCGUCGACGAAAGAGUAACAAGCACGUAUAUGGUGCUCUUAAUCGCAUUACCGAGGCGGAUGAAAGAGAUUCAGCAAGUGUGAGGCAAGUUAAACACAUCGUUAUCAUCAAGGUGAUUUUUUGGAAUCUGCUGGAAAUACGGGCAUUUUUAGGGAGUUCUUACAAACCAUUAGUCGAAGGUUGUGGUGAAGAAGAACUAUCAGGAGUGGAAGCGGAUCACGACCUUGGUUCUAACACGGAAUCCAGCCGUGGCUACGACCUAGAGCCUCGUGCAGAGGUCGAACAGGAGAACGGUGAUGCUAUAUCCUCACCCGUUGGUCGCAGUACAUGUGAUUUUCGGCAAAGUCCUUCACUUUUCAACGACUCCUUUAAACUUGAGAUGUCAUCUUCAAUACAUACAUGA